AUGGACACUGAAGCCGCGGCCGCCGCGCCGGUCGCCCUCUUCAAAAAGCGCGGCGCCAAGGGCAAAGCCAACAUUCGCAAGCGGCCCGCGACGCCACCGCCCGCCGACAGCGACGACAGCGACUACUCUUCCUCGGAGGACGAGUCGGGCCAGCGCGUCAAGCGCCGCAAGAAGACGGCCGUCGUGACGGCCUCUUCCAAAGCCGCCGCCGGCGCUGGCGCUGGCAAGGAGCUCACCGCAUCCGCGUACACGGCCGACCGCAGCGCGCCCCUCUCGUCCGCCAACGACGCCACCAAGCAGAGCAACUGGUACGACGAGCACGCCGCCGAUGCGCUAUCCGCCAAGACCCUGCUAGGCUCUUCGUCCUCUGCCUCGUUGUCGUCGUCCGCCGCCCGAAACGCACCCGACGGCACGUACAAGGGCCUCGCGAACCAGACAUCCUUCAUCACCAAGAACCCCGACGCGCCGCAGCGCUCCGUCGGCCCCAUCAAGGCCGCCACCAACAUCCGCACCAUUACCGUCAUGGAUUUCGCGCCCGACGUCUGCAAGGACUACAAGAAGACGGGCUUCUGCGGCUUUGGCGACAACUGCAAGUACCUGCACUCGCGCGAGGACGUCAAGCAAGGCUGGCAGCUCGACAAGGACUGGGACAUUACCUCCAAAGGCAAGACGCACCUCGGCGGCACCGUGGUGGCGAACGCGAACCGGGAUUCCGCGGCGGCGGCGGCGGCGACGGCUGGCGGCGAGGAUGCGGAUGAAGAGGCCAUGCUGGAAAAGAUUCCAUUCAAAUGCAUAAUCUGCGAGGGCGACUACCGCGAGCCGGUCGUGACGCGCUGCGGGCACUACUUUUGCGAGCCCUGCGCGCUGCAGCGCUACCGAAAAGAUCCGGCGUGCGCGGCGUGCGGUGCGGGCACGAAUGGUGUCUUCAACUCGGCCAAGAAGCUCAAGAAGCUGCUGGAGAAGAAGAGGGAUCGAGCGGAGAAGAAGAAGCAGACAGAGGGGGAGGAGGGGGAAGAGGUGAAAGGACAGGAAUAG